GCGCGGGACGGCGCCAUGGAGGACGGCGUGCUCAAGGAGGGCUUCCUCGUCAAGAGGGUCGUCCCCUCGGCCAGCUCACCUCAGGGCUCGCCUGUCUGUCCUCAGGGUCACAUUGUCCACAACUGGAAAGCGCGGUGGUUCAUUCUUCGGCAGAACACGCUGCUAUACUACAAGUUCGAGGGGGGUCGGAAAGUGACCCCUCCCAAGGGCCGCAUCCUUCUGGAUGGCUGCACCAUCACCUGCCCCUGCCUGGAGUAUGGAAAUCGCCCGCUCCUCAUUAAGCUGAAAACUCAAACAUCCACGGAGUACUUCCUGGAGGCCUGUUCUCGAGAGGAGAGGGACGCCUGGGCCUUCGAGAUAACAGGAGCCAUCCACGCGGGGCAGCCGGGGAAGGUCCAACAGCUUCACCUACUGAAGAACUCCUUCAAGCUGCCGCCUCACAUCAGCCUGCAUCGCAUCGUGGACAAGAUGCGCGACAGUACCUGCGGAAUCCGGCCAAGCCCCAACAUGGAGCAGGGAAGCACCUACAAAAAGACCUUCAUAGGCUCCUCCCUGGUGGACUGGCUCCUCUCCAGCGGCUUUGCCGCCAGCCGUCUGGAGGCUGUGACGCUGGCCUCGGUGCUCAUGGAGGAGAACUUCCUUCGGCCAGUAGGCACCCGAAGCACGGGAGCCACUCGCUCGGGGGAUCUGUCUGAGCAGUUCCUGGACGACUCCACAGCCCUGUACACAUUCGCUGAGAGCUGCAAGAAGAAGAUAAGUCCCAAGGAAGAAAUCAGUCUCAGCACCAUGGAGCUAAGUGGCACUGUGGUGAAGCAAGGCUAUCUGGCCAAGCAGGGGCACAAGAGGAAAAACUGGAAGGUACGGCGCUUUGUUCUGAGGAAGGACCCGGCUUUUCUGCAUUACUACGACCCUUCCAAAGAAGAGAACCGGCCAGUGGGUGGCUUUUCUCUUCGUGGCUCCCUGGUGUCAGCUCUGGAGGAUAAUGGCGUUCCCACUGGGGUUAAAGGGAAUGUCCAGGGAAAUCUCUUCAAAGUGAUUACUAAGGAUGACAUACACUAUUAUAUCCAGGCCAGCAGCAAGGCUGAGCGUUCUGAGUGGAUUGAAGCUAUCAAGAAGCUAACGUGACAAGGACCUGAGGGAAUGGGACUGAGAUGCCUCCCUCUUACCAGAUGACACAGGAUUUCCUGGACAAUAGGAGUAUGUUAAGAUUUUUAACUUUUUAUAUUUUGUACUACUUUGGAGUGAGAUUGGUGGAGUUCCUUCAAGCUGGCAGUGGUGCUAUUGCCUUCCCCACCUUCAUUUACAGUUAACCUGUAAAUGCUGAAGCAGCCUGGUCAGCCAAGUCAGCACCUUGACUUUUGCCCAUUAUCACAACCAGCCAUUCCUUGGGUACCAAAGUAGGUCUCCCUUGUCACACUAACUGGCCACGUAAUACUGAACAAAAUACUAUAACCUCAUGAUGGAGCUCUCGGAAAUGCUGUCAGCACCUCAACUCCUUUGGAAUGAGUAAAAAUUGACACUUGUUCCUGGCUAUUAGAAUUCCUAUACAAAGUUUCAGUUUUCAAAGGUUUUUCAUGCUUAAGGCUAUAUGAAUUAUUAGGCAAGCUGAUUUUAUAAAAACAUCUCAAGUGAGCUUAAAGCCUUAUCUUAAAAGUGGGGAUGUGGGUAAAAUCUUCAAUGAAAUAUUUUGUUUUGAAAAAAAAGCCUUCGUAAGUAUUAUACAUUGCAGAAAAGAAAUCAUGGACUCAGUUGGAUUAGUCACAUACAUAAAAGUAAAAUUACAGCUUUUCUGUGAAAAAAGUUGUUUAGAAAGAUGCAGAGCAGGAGCUUUCUAAAGGAGAGAAAGAUGUCUAUGGGAGAAUUAAAUCAAGGCAUGAAGUUUUGGUUUUAGAAUGAAGAUUAAUGGAGACAAACAGGUACCAAGAAGCUUCAUCAGUUAGGUUAAUCUGUAGUAGUGAAAAGUCUGUAUCAUACAGUGUCUUUAAAAACAUUUUUAUUACUUUCAAGCUUAAUACAGUAAUCUGCCAGUACAACUGCUUAAACUUCCUUUAACGAAUAGAUAUGUAACUUACAUUUAAGGGGCGUGAACACCUCCAAAGUGCUUAAGUAAAAAUUCAUUCAAUAGUUUGAGCUAUCUUCUCUUGAUCUUGUCUAGAAUACCUGAUCAUUCAGAUCAGGAAUUCCAAGCUAAUGAGGUUUUACUUUAUUCCUUACAUUGUAAGAGACUGCCUUUUAAAGCACCAUUUUCCAUUUGGCAUUUUACCAAGGUCUGUCCUUAGUUUUUUUUAUUGCUUUUUGCUCUCAAUGUUUCUAUCUGAAUUAAGCUGCAUUUGGUUUGAUGGCUUUUUGAUUGUAAAUUGGCACAAUUAUACCCCACUCUGUAUGGUAGGUACCAGUAUCAUGAGUUGAAAAGUAGUUGACUAUCACUUUGAAGUAAAUUAUGGGACAGUUCUUGCCAAGGGUACUAGCACUUGAAUUUUUAAAAAUUCCUAACCAUUUAAAUUGCUUUUACUGCAGAAGUUAACUAGGUCAAGUAAGGCCAUCUGUGGGUUUCCACUAAGUGUUUAAGCAUUAUCCUCAUUAAAUACUGGUUUGUCUUACUAGAAAACAUGAAAAAUCAUUUGGAUGUUUGUAUUUUUCCGGCCACUUAAAAUUUUCAACUAAUUAUAAUACCUAAAUGAGACUCAAA